UCUUUCAAUAGAAUGCAUAUUUAUUGACCCAGUAAAGGGCUUCCACAAAGAAACCGACAGAAAUUGCAGCAAUCAACUUGGUCAUUUGUGUACUGGAGAAACCACCUACGACAACAGUAUAGAACAAAACUAAAGGAGCAUAUUAUAUCUGGAGCAAAUCUGACCUUUUGUAUUGUGCCUACCUUUUCCUCACAAAAGGAAGCUAAGAGGGAACUUUCCUAGACAAUGAUGGAGUGUAAAAGUAAGAUGGAAAGCACAGAGUCUGAAAUUCAAGUGGAAAGCAAGGAUGAGAAGAGAGCCACAGAAGUUAGUCUUCAGGAGAAGAGGCUGGAGGAAAAAACUUCGAAGCUUUGUUUCAAGAGAAGAAAAAAAGCAGCCAAAGCACCAACCCCCACAGCUGGCUCUGAAGCUGCUGCUGUGGCUAAGAAGCGUCCCCCAAAAACAGAAACAGAAGCUUCCGACCAGCCAAGGCCUGCUGGGGGUGCCUGGGCCUCCAUCAAGCGUCUGGUGACUGGCAAGAAAAAGUCUGACUCUUCAAAGCAGAAGACCCUAGAGGCUAAGGAGCAGCCUGAAAUCAAUGCAGAGGAUGUUGAGCCAGGUAAGAAAAAGGCAAAAUCCAGACUCAAGAUCCCUUGCCUGAAAUUCUCAAGGCGAGGGAAAAGAAAAAGCCAUUCCAAAAUUAUAGAAGACUCGUCCUGCAGCAUCAAAGUGCAGGGAGAGGCUGAAAGUCUGAGCAUCAAAACUCCAACCCAAUCAGAAGAGCAGGCCCCAGAGACCAAGAGAACCCCACAAGUCAAGGAAGAUGACUCGCAGAAGGAGGGUGGAGGAGAGGGGUGUGCACCGGGCGUGAGCAACAGCCUGACUUCUGCAGAGAAGGUGAUUUCAGUAGAACUUGGACUAGACAAGGGCCACGCUGCUGGCAAGACGGGAACUGUUGUCCUGGAAACAGCAGAGGAAAAACCGAGUGUUCUGCCCCCUCCUGAGACCCCUCCUGAAACUUCACCAAGAAAAGAGGCACCUGCUGUUAGUGAUGGUCAUCCCUCUGUGGCUCCUCCUUCCGUGUCUCCCAAAAGUCCUCCUUCAGUGGCUUCUGAUGUUCCUCCCUCCAUAACUCCUGAUGCUCCUCCCUCUGUGGCUCCUGAUGCUCCUCCCUCUGUGACUCCUGAAGCUCUUCCCUCUGUGGCUCCUGAGGCUCCUCCCUCUGUGUCUCCUGAGGCUCCUCCCUCUGUGUCUCCUGAGGCUCCUCCCUCUGUGGCUCCUGAGGCUCCUCCCUCUGUGGCUCCUGAAGCUCCUCCACCCGUGGCCCCAGGUGCUCCUCCCUCCAUAGAGGAAGUCAGAAAGGAGAGCCCAGAAAGUGAACCGAACUGGAAAGUCCAGGAGAGUCCAGACGUUGCUGCUACAGAGAGUCAGCCAGAAGAAGGUUCUGAGUCGAGUCAGGAAUCCGAUUUUAAAGAGAACGAACUUGAUGCAGAGGAAGCCAAGCCAGAGGAAAGCAGAAGAAUGGAGCCGAUUGCCAUCAUUAUCACAGACACUGAAAUCAGUGAAUUUGAUGCUAAGAAAUCUAAAAAUGUCCCCAAGCAGUUCCUAAUUGCAGCAGAAAAUGAACAAGUGGGGGUUUUUGCUAAUGAUAAUGGUUUUGAGGGCAGAACUUCAGAACAGUACGAAACCCUCUUGACAGAAACAGCUUCUUCUCUUGUGAAGAAUGCCAUCCAGUUGUCCAUAGAACAGCUGGUCAAUGAAAUGGUCGCUGAUGAUAAUAAAAUAAACAAUCUUGUGCAGUGACUUCCUUUCCAGAUCAGAGAAAAAAAGGAAAACUUGAUGAUGGCUCAUU